AUGGAGGUAUUCAAUAGUAAUCCUCAAGUGACCAUUGAGUUUACAUCUGGAGUCCAUGAAGAACAUAGACACGUGAGUGUGUUUGCUCUUGACUCUUUCCUUAUACUAUGGUUCAACCAAUCACACCGAGGAUUGACUAUACCCUAUGACAGAAUAAUCUUCCACAGUGUCCGUAAUGAGGGGAGUCAAUUGUAUUUACAAGUGGAGGCCAAUGAGAUCAUACGAGCUCAAUUUAAAAGUCCACUGGAUUACACUCCUAGCGUUGAACUCGUAAUAGAAGUUGAUCCUGGUGACCCCAUAGUCCGACAUGGUAUAUUUGGAGACGGUAACGAUAAUAAUGUGUUUCAAUUGUAUGAGGCUAUAACUGUUUGUUCAGACAAUCACGUGACAGAAGCAGAGGAAGAAGAUAAUAGUAAUGCAAUGGCUGCUCCUAUAAUGGGAGAAGCUCCAAUAGGAGCCCCUUUACAGUAUGAAGCUCCUUUGUUACCUGCUGGAGCAUUAUCUAAUGGCGGAGAUGCAGAUGAUUUGGAGUCCAGUGAAAUGUACCGUGGAGAUAGUAACGAUGCGGCAGGAAUGGAUGUAGAUGUUGAAUGUGCAUCUAUCGCAGGUACUGUACGGAGCUUGGGGUCAGAUGAAGGAUCUUAUCGAAUGACUAAGCAACGUCGUAUACUUUAA